AGUGGAUCGUACACGUGUAGAAAUGGAUCUCUCUCAGUAUCGGAAAGCCUUAAUUUACGUAUUGACAUUUCUCGCCUAUGCGUGGUCUGGCUAUGGUGCUGGCUUACUGUCGAAUUUACGGGACGCUGUGUUGACAGCUGAAUCGGUAUUUCAAGAUUUAUUUGGAAACGCGAUCACGGUAGCUAGGAAGAUAAAGGAUAUACACGAGGUGUUUGACGCUGCUGUAGACGAAAACUGUGUCUUUCAAUGUCCAGGAGGGAUAGUGCCAAAAUCGGAUUGGAAUCAUAAACCACAAAGUAACGGAUGCGGUUCACUGGGAAUCGAAAUAAGUCAAGAAUAUCUGCCACUGGCAGAAAUGACUAAAUGCUGCGAUGCACACGAUAUAUGCUACGACACGUGUAAUUCUGAUAAGGAAAAAUGUGACUUGGAGUUUAAGAGAUGUUUGUACAAAUUUUGUGAAGGGUAUCAAACAACUACUAUAAUAAACACUUGCAAAGCUGCUGCGAAAAUGCUUUACACCGGUACGACCGCCUUAGGGUGUAAAAGUUACAUGGAUGCACAGAAGGAAGCUUGUUACUGCGGAGAUAAAUGGAAUAAGAACAAGAAACCGAAAAGGGCUGCUCAAGCUGGAGGAGAGUUAUAAGACCGACGCAUUGAAAGGAAACCGUGAUCGUAAAAUUUUUAAUGUAACAUACACUUUGAAUCUCGUUUUCCAGAUCUGAGAAAAUAGAAGCAAUUGUGCGACCUACUUACCCUUAUCUUAACUUGUAACAAAACAUCCCAGUUGGGGAAGUUUAGUUAAACCGUACCUUGAAAACCUUAUUUUCGAAAUUUGUAUAGUAAUUAUUGUUAAGUAAUUUUGUACUUGUGUUAGAGUAUACAAACGAAAUAAUUUUACUGCGAACUGUUUCGAUUGAAAUGUAAAUAUUUUUUACAGAC